AUGCGUUUCUCCGCCGUCGCCGCUUUGUUGGCGGCGACCUGCAGCUCGGCUGCCACCGGCUCGGUUCAAAAGCGAGAUUUGGCAACCUCCGAGCCGCACUACCCGUCGCCAUGGAUGAAUCCUCAAGCUUCGGGUUGGGAAGAUGCCUAUGAGAAAGCUCGAGCUUUCGUGUCCCAGCUCACACUUAUGGAAAAGGUCAACCUGACCACGGGUGUUGGUUGGGAAGGCGAGCAAUGUGUCGGCCAAGUCGGUUCGAUCCCGCGGCUCGGGCUUCGCAGUCUUUGCAUGCAAGACUCGCCUCUGGGUGUUCGCUUUGGCGACUAUGUUAGCGCCUUCAGCUCUGGUCAGACGGUGGCCGCUACAUUCGACAGAUCCCUAAUGUAUCAAAGAGGGAAAGCCAUGGGUGAAGAACACAAGGGCAAGGGCGUCAAUGUGGUUCUUGGUCCCGUGGCCGGUCCUUUAGGCCGUACGCCAACUGGUGGACGAGGUUGGGAGGGCUUCUCGCCCGAUCCCUAUCUGACGGGCGUCGGUAUGUCCGAAACCAUCAAGGGAAUCCAGGAUGCUGGUGUUAUCGCUUGCGCCAAGCACUAUAUUGGCAACGAACAAGAGCAUUUCCGACAGGUUGGCGAGUCCCAGGACCGUGGAUACAACAUCUCGGAGACCCUCUCUUCCAACAUCGACGAUAAGACGAUGCAUGAACUAUACCUGUGGCCAUUUGUUGACGCCGUUCGAGCUGGCGUUGGCUCAGUGAUGUGCGCCUACACACAAGUAAACAACAGUUACUCAUGCCAAAACUCAAAGACUUUGAAUGGUCUCCUGAAGGGAGAGCUGGGCUUCCAAGGAUUCGUCAUGAGUGAUUGGCAAGCUCAGCAUUCUGGAGCUGCCUCCGCUAUGGCUGGCAUGGACAUGAGCAUGCCCGGCGAUACCGUUUUCAAUUCCGGUCUCAGCUAUUGGGGAACCAACCUGACUGUCGCUAUCUUGAAUGGCACUGUCCCUGAGUACCGUAUGGACGAUAUGGCGAUGCGAAUUAUGGCUGCAUUCUUCAAGGUCGGCAUGACAUUGGAUCAGCCCCCCAUUAAUUUCGACUCUUGGACCUCUGAUACUUACGGCCCUCUUCAUGCCGCUGUCGGUCAGGACUACCAGCAGGUCAACUGGCAUGUCGACGUCCAGGAUGACCACGGCGAUCUCAUCCGCGAGAUCGGAGGGGCUUCCACUGUUCUAUUGAAGAACAAUGGCGCGCUGCCGCUCAGCAAGCCCAAGUUCCUCGCUGUCGUCGGCGAGGAUGCCGGACCGAACCCCCUGGGUCCGAACGGAUGUGCCGACCGCGGUUGCGAUGCAGGCACUCUUGCGAUGGGUUGGGGGUCCGGCACUACGACUUUCCCUUAUCUCGUGACGCCCAUCGAUGCUUUGAAUUUGCAAGCAAUCGAGGACCACACUCGCAUUGAGGCUAUCUUCAACAACACUGCUUCAGACACAAUUGAGAGCCUGGUGAAGCAACAGGAUGCCACAGCCCUUGUAUUCGUGAACGCGGACUCUGGUGAAGGUUACAUCGAUGUCGAUGGCAACGAGGGUGACAGGAAGAACCUGACUCUCUGGGGAAAUGGGGACGAGCUGAUCAAAUCGGUGUCGUCGCUCUGCAACAACACCAUUGUUAUCAUCCACUCGGUCGGUCCCACUAUCGUCACGGACUGGUAUGAUUCGGAGAACGUGACAGCCAUUCUGUGGGCUGGACUCCCCGGACAGGAAAGUGGUCGAUCCAUUGUGGAUGUCCUCUACGGUAGAGUCAAUCCCGCAGCUCGUACGCCUUUCACUUGGGCAGCAGACCCCUCGGAUUACGGGACGGAUGUCCUAUACAAGCCCAACAACGGCAACGGCGCUCCUCAGCAGGACUACACUGAGGGCGUGUUCAUCGACUACCGCGCCCUAGACUCACGCAACAUUACGCCUAUCUUUGAAUUCGGCUUUGGUCUGUCGUACACGACAUUCGAGUACGCCAACCUGAAUGUCGAGAAGAGCAACGCGGGAGAAUAUCAACCCACAACUGGCGAAUCUGAUGAAGCACCGACAUUUGGCAACUUCUCGGACAGUCUCGCAGACUACGUCUUUCCCGCAGACUCAUUUCCACAUAUAUGGCAAUAUAUCUACCCUUACGUCAACACCUCCUCAUCCCUCGAGGAGGCGUCCGCGGACCCCGACUACGGCCAGACAGCUGAAGAGUUCUUGCCUCCCGGCGCGGUCGACUCUUCACCGCGACCACUUGAGCCCGCUGGACCCAGUCUGACAGCGCAACCCGGUGGCAACGAGCUCCUUUUCGACACCAUGUACACCAUCACCGCCGACGUCACCAACACCGGCAAGAUCGUGGGCGAGGAGGUACCGCAACUGUACGUCUCGCUCGGUGGACCAGACGAUCCGCCCGUCGUACUCCGUGGCUUUGACCGCAUGCGCAUCGACCCAGGCCAGACGACGCAAUUCCGCGCAAUACUAACCCGCCGUGAUCUGAGCAACUGGGAUGUCACAUUGCAGAAUUGGCUCGUUUCUGAGGCCUCCAAGACUGUCUACGUCGGACCCAGCAGUCGAAAGUUGCCGCUCAGCGCGCAGCUACGCUAG